UUUCUCACAACCAACCUCAACUCCCUACAGCUUCGCUUUUUGAAGCUGAAAAACGUGCUUCCACCACUGGGUAACUUGCUUUUCAGAGCUACAACGUAAAACUCCCGGAGCCUUCCCCCUCAUCUUGAGCCACUCAUCUCGCCACAUAUCAGAGGGCCAAGCUAGCCAAGAAUCCAUGUAAGCCGCAUGCAGAUAGCGAGCGGCACGGAGUUAUCCCAAAUCUUGCAUGAGACAAAACAUUCUCCCAUCGCAGCGAGAACUUUCGAACAUGUCAUGAAAGGACCUUGACUGAAAGUCCGUCUUCACGCUAACAUACACCUCAUCAGACCGCAAUGUCCAGCACGCCGACAACCACCACCGGCGUCACAUUGUCCAGUGGGCACAGUCACAGCCAUCACAGGGCCAAACGACAACGCCACUUCGUACUCCCCGAUGGACGAAAAGUGCACAUAGCUCUCUCCCCAGAAGAAGCAGAAUCUUUACGCCAAAGACUUACCGCUAUCAAGAAGGACGAGCCUUUCGACCUUGUGAUUUCCGGCUCACCAGAGCAUUUGGAAGCGCUUCGUCAAGUGCACAGCCACUAUGAUGAAAGACGGGAAAUGCUCAGGGCCAAGCAUGGUCCGGAUUAUGAUGAAUUUGAAAACGUUAGAGCGGAGUUGGAUCAUUUGAGCUCGGAGCUGCAUAUGUUGUCAGAUCAUGCUGUCCAGCUGGAUGCCAACUUCUCCAAGUAUGGGUAUUCUGCACAUCUGAGAACGUAUGAUGACCAUUCUGCUCCGGGCUCGAGUGCGUCGUCGAUUAGUGGGUUCCAUGACCCGGAUCAUGAGAAAAAGGAUUGGGAAUCGGAGAAGAGAAAUGGCAGGAUCAUGAAGAUUUAUAAGAAGCCUACUGUCCGGCAAUACUUCCAUAAAGGGCUUCUGUGGAGAGCCUCAGAAAGAACAGAAGUAGCAUCUUUUGAGCUUUUUGUUGACCUCCUCUAUGUUGGAAUUCUCGCUAUCAACGGAGAUCACGCAGCAGAGGAUCCCACAGGACAUGAACUUCUCCGGUUCUCGAUUACUUUUAUUAUGAGCUGGAAACUGUGGAGCGACCUCGCUCUUAUAAUCAGCUGGUUUGAGACCGACGACAUCCUUCAGAGAUUAUCAGUGAUGACGAUUAUGGCGUGCCUUCUUGGGCUCACGACCAAUAUGCUGGAUGCUCUUGGGGAGACUUAUUCUAUGCUUGUUGCCUUCUACCUUGCUGCCCGUCUUUUCAUGGGAGCCUACUAUUUCCUCCUCGCUUGGGUCAUCCCCAUGGUCCGAGGCAUGAUGUUGGUUCAUGUCGGUCUGACCGUCAUCCCCAGUGCGAUUUGGAUUGGCUCGAUAUAUGUCGACAUGCCUCAGCGACUUGGGUUAAUCUGGGCCGCCAUCUUUAUCGAGCUAACUGGACCGAUGUUCGUUAUUCUGAUCAUCCGUGGUCUAACGCUUCCAGAAGGAGCACAACCCAUAGCGGGUGGCCCGAUGUUUCCGAGACGCAUAGUAGAGUGGAUUAGACGUGUAUUCGAGUUUUUCCCUGCGAUGAAUAUCGAACAUAAAGUGGAGAGGACAAAUGCGUUUACGACGCUAGUGUUUGGAUAUUCGGUCGUUGCCAUCAUCUACCAAAACGCAGCAUCCUUCGGGCUCAAUGCGUUCUUUGGCAAAGCUGCAUUAGGACUUGUCCAAGCAUUUUGCUUCAACUGGAUAUAUUUUGAGCUCGACGGCGCAGAUUUGUAUACGCAUGCUAUCCGUAGAACCGUUACUUCUGCAAUGGCAUGGAGCACAGCACAUCUCCCAUUCAUUAUGAGCUUCGUGCUCGCAGCCGGAGCCCUCUCAAAACUCGUCUUGGCGACCGACUGCAGAGACACGAAAAUCGAAGACCUAACAGAAACCUAUAUACUCAAAUCCGACCCCGAAAUCCCCAUCGGGCUCCGAUGGUUCUAUUGUGGUGGACUCGGAAUAGCUCUCUUCUGCAUGGGCAUCAUAUCAAUCUGCCACGUACACAAAGACCCAGCAAUGGGCAUCCGAGUCCGAAAAUCAAAACGCAUGGCGAAUCGUUUUGCUGUCUGCAUCAUCCUAUGCUGCUUACCAACAGCACACCACCUCAAUUCUCUCCAGCUUAUCUCGAUAGUUACGGGACUUAUCAUCUGGGUGUUGUUCGUCGAACUUUUCGGCUGCAGUUCUCCUGAGGAGAGUUUUUUUGGGGAGAAGAAGCAGUGCAAAUACACUGCGAGAUGCAAGAUUUCGAAAAAGGACCUAGAGUCUGCGGUGAGAGGAGGACAUGUGAUUAACGUCUCGGAGUUGAGCGAUCGGGGUGAGAAGGGAUUGUACGAGAUGAGUUAGAGAUGUUUGGAUAUUUGGGUGGAAUUGGAUACGGCAUUGUAUUUUGAAACCAAUGCUGGAGUUUACUAAAUGGGGCAAUUGGGUAGUUGAGACGUACGAUAUGUUCAGGUAAAAGGGGAGUCGUGUAUGCAUGUGAGAUUGAAAAUGACUCGA